AUGUGGUCUACGCUAUCGGCCAUCGCUGUUGCGACAGCUCUUGUCCGGUCCUCGCUGGCGCAAUUUCCCCCAACGCCUGAGGGAGUGACCGUAUUGAAGUCGAAGUUCGAUGAGAACAUCACCAUUAGCUUCAAAGAGCCCGGUCUUUGCGAAACCACCGAGGGAGUCAAGUCGUACGCUGGGUACAUUCACCUUCCUCCAGGGACCCUCGAGGGAGUCGGUCAAGAGCAGGAUUAUGAGAUCAACACAUUCUUCUGGUUUUUCGAGGCUAAGAAUGACCCCGAAAAUGCACCUCUAUCAAUCUGGAUGAACGGCGGCCCCGGGAGUUCGUCGAUGCCAGGUCUCUUCAACGAGAAUGGCCCAUGCUACAUCAACGAGGAUUCCAAUUCGACCCGCCUGAGCGAGUGGUCUUGGAAUAACCACGUGAACAUGUUGUACAUCGACCAGCCUGUCCAAGUUGGUUUCUCGUACGACUCUCUGCGAAACGUAACGAGAGACCUUUUCGGCGGCGUGCAGACCCUCAACGCGUCGAGCCCAAUCCCGGAGCAAAACGUAACGUUCCAGACGGGAACCUACUCCAACAACAACCGCAACACGACGAGCUGGGGAAGCCGUAAUGCCGCCAUUGCCCUGUGGCACUUCUCCCAAGUCUGGUUCCAGGAGUUCCCGGGAUACUACCCCAACGAUGACCGCAUCAGCAUCGCAACGCAGUCAUACGGAGGCCGUUAUGGUCCUGCCUUUGCGGCCUAUUUCCAGGAACAAAAUGAGAAGAUCCAAAACGGCACUUGGGACGGCACAGAUGGGGAGCAGUAUAUCUUGAAUCUCGAUACGCUGUUGAUCGUGAACGGCUGCAUUGAUCGCCAGGUUCAAUGGCCUUCAUACCCCGAGAUGGCUUUCAACAACACCUACGGCAUCGAGACCGUCAAUGAGACUGUUUACGAGGGCAUGGUAGAUGCGUACUACCGUGAGGGUGGAUGCCGCGAUCGAAUCGACGCAUGUCGCGAGAUCUCAUCGGUGUUCGAUCCGGAUAACAUCGGUAUCAAUGCUACGGUCAACGAAAUCUGUGAGGAUGCCGAGACAUUCUGCACGAACAACGUCCGAGACCCGUAUCUCGACAUUUCUGGUCGGGACUACUACGACGUCACGCAGAUCGACCCGACACUGUUCCCUCCUCCUUUUACUCCUGGCUACCUCAACCAGCCGUGGGUACAGUCCGCCCUUGGUGUUCCCCUGAACUGGACCGGCAGCUCCAGUGCUUCCUCUUCGGCAUUCCGCGGCAUUGGAGACUACCCUCGACCAGGGUGGAUCGAAGACAUCGCCUACCUUCUUCACAGCGGUAUCAAGGUAUCUCUGAUGUUCGGUGACCGAGACUUCGCCUGCAACUGGAUCGGUGGCGAACAGACAUCUCUUGCUAUUCCAUGGGAGAGCCAAGAAGACUUCGCCGCGGCGGGCUACCAGCCCCUCCAGACCAACGACACCUACGAAGGCGGCCAAGUCCGUCAGUACGGAAACCUGUCUUACAUCCGAGUGUACCAAGCCGGACACGCUGUUCCAUCCUACCAGCCUGAGUCUGCUUACCGCAUCUUCAACCGAGCCUUGUUCAACCAGGAUAUUGCGACUGGCAAGAUAGACACAGCGACCAACUUGACCUACAGCACUCAAGGACCCUCAGACACCUUCGCCAUCAAGAAUGACAUCCCGCCACAGUACGAGGACUUCUGCUACAUCCUGGAUAUAGGUACCUGCACAGAUGAGCAAGUUGAUGCGCUUCGCAAUGGUACUGCCGUCGUCAAAGAUUACAUCAUUGUCGAGCCGGCCUACGAGCCUACUGCUGCUCGCAGCAUCACCGCAAGGAAUAUGUAA